UUGUUGUCGAGGUCGAUGAGACUGGUAAUAUCUUAGAUCCUGAAUUCCGGUUAGCUUACUACAGAGAAGAUGUUAGCAUCAACCGCCAUCACUGGCACUGGCACAUCGUCUAUCCUGCCACCUGGCGGCCAGAUGUCAUGCACAAAGAGAAGGACAGGAAGGGAGAACUCUUCUAUUACAUGCACCAGCAGAUGUGCGCCCGGUACGACUGUGAGCGUUUGUCCAAUGGGAUGCAUCGUAUGGUGCCCUUUAACGACUUUCAUGAAGAACUCGAUGGUUACUCUCCUCACUUGACCUCUCUAAUCAGUGGUCUGAGUUACGGUAGUCGACCCAGCGGAAUGAAGCUUCAUGACCUUCCUGAAGUAACCAUCCAGGAGAUGGAACGCUGGAGGCACAGAAUCAUGGACUCCAUCGACCUGAAGAUGGUGCACGACCAUCAUGGUCAGGUGGUCACUCUUGAUGAUGAGCAUGGUAUUGACGUUCUUGGUGCUCUGGUCGAAUCCAGCCAUGAAUCCGUCAAUCACGACUUCUACGGUAGCUUGCACAACUGGGGUCACGUGCUAACAGCUCGUGCUCACGAUCCCGAAGGCAAGUUUAAGGAAAAUCCAGGCGUCAUGAGCGACACCUCUACGUCACUACGUGAUCCGAUCUUUUAUAGGUGGCACAGGGCCCUCGACGAUAUAUUCCAGGAAUACAAAGAAUCUCUGGCCCCUUACACAAAAGAAGAGCUUUCUUUCCCUGGUGUCGAAGUAUUGAGUGCUAGUAUUAAGGCCAAUACCACCAACGUAAUUACUACAUCAAUGGUUCUGGGUGAACUUGAGCUUUCCCAUGGUAUCAACUACGGAACUGACCAUUCAGUGAAGGUUAAGUAUCACCACCUUGAUCACGAACCGUUCAGCUACCAGAUCAACGUGGAGAACAAGACAGGUUCCACUAAGCACGCCACCGUGCGGAUCUUCCUGGCCCCUAAGUACGACGAACUGGGUAACGUUCUGCACUCAAAUGAACAGCGUCGUCUUUAUAUCGAACUUGACAAGUUUCACAGAGAACUGAAGGCUGGCAAGAACGAAAUCACACGGAACUCCGAGGAUUCCAGCGUGACCGUCUCUACUCUACGUACUUUCGAGGAGCUGAAGGCCGGUCAAGGGGUCAGUGAGAACGCUGAUGAAUAUUGCAGUUGUGGGUGGCCGAAGAACAUGCUUAUCCCACGUGGUAACCACAAAGGGAUGAUCUUUGAACUUUUCAUCAUGCUGACCGAUUGGGAGAACGACAAUGUGGGCGGUAGCGGAUCUGAAAAUCACAUGUGUGAUGACGCCGUUAGCUAUUGCGGAGCCAAGAACAGUAAGUAUCCCGACAAAAAACCCAUGGGUUUCCCCUUCGAUCGUCAUAUCAGUGCCCGUACCGCUGAGGAAUUCUUGACCCCCAACAUGACCUUGACCGACGUGAAGAUCAAGUUUGAAGAAAUUACAAGUAUGACCAUCCAGGAGAAACAGAACCACAUCUUGAGUCUGUUGGAGCACUUGAACAACUUGACCAAACACCAGUUGCCAGUGGACCAGAGGGACUCGAGGCUAAAAGAUGUUGGUCAUCUGCAUCGUGGCGAGCUUUUCUCGCUUUUUCACAUGGAACACCUGAUUGAAGCCACUCAUUUGUACGAGACGUUGUUCAAUGCUAAAGACUUCGACGACUUUAUCCACCUAUGUGAACAAGCAAAGGAAGUGGUGAACGAAGGGAUGUUCGCAUACGCUGUUUCUGUAGCCGUUCUCCACCGAGACGACUGCAAAGGUCUGGCCGUGCCUCCCAUCCAGGAGAUCUUCCCAGACAGGUUCAUUCCAGCUGAGACAGUCACAGAGGCCAUUAAGGCUGACCACAACCGUCAGGACCACGAAGCUUUGACAGUUGUGGCUCAUGAUACUGGAAACAUCCUAAAUCCAGAGCAGCAUCUGGCUUAUUUCCGGGAGGAUAUCGAAACCAACGCACACCAUUGGCAUUGGCACAUCGUUUAUCCAGCCACCUGGGACUCGAAAGUGAUGCACAAAAAGAAGGACAGGAAGGGAGAACUGUUCUUCUACAUGCAUCAGCAGAUGUGCGCCAGAUACGACUGCGAGCGACUGUCAGUUGGACUUCAACGAAUGUUACCAUUCAGUAAUUUUGAAGAGGAACUUGAAGGAUACUCAGCCCAUCUGACUUCCUUGGUCAGUGGUCUGCACUACGCUAGCCGUCCAGAAGGUAUGCAUUUGCACGACUUGAAGGGGGUGGUCAACUUACAUGAUAUGGAACGGUGGCGGGAGAGAAUUAUGGAUGCCAUCGAAAGAGGACUGGUUUAUGACGAGCAUGGUCAUGAGCAUAAGCUGGAAGAACCUCAUGGUAUUGACAUACUAGGCGCCAUGAUCGAAUCCAGUCACGACUCCUUGAACCACGAGUUUUAUGGUAGCAUUCAUAACUGGGGUCACGUGAUGUUUGCCCGCCUACAUGAUCCCGACGGUCGCUAUCACGAUAACCCAGGAGUUAUGAGUGACACCGCCACGUCUCUCAGGGACCCCAUCUUUUACCGAUUCCAUAGAUACAUCGACAACAUGUUCCAGGCGUACAAGGCUACUCUUCACUCCUAUGAACAUCACCAGUUGAUUUUCAACGGUGUUCAAAUCGACAACGUCACAGUCAAAGCUAAACAUACCAACGUUAUUAAUACGUACACGACCGAGUCGGAACUAGAAUUGUCUCACGGUAUCGAUAUGAAAGCCUCGACCAAGGUUAAGUACCACCAUUUGGAUCAUGAUAAAUUUGAGUACAGUAUCAGCGUAAACAAUACCUCAGGUCUGGUGAAGCACGCCACCUUCCGCAUUUUCUUGGGACCAAAAUAUGACGAACUUGGAAAUCUGCUUACACCUGAACAACAGCGGCGUUUCUUUAUUGAAUUGGACAAGUUCCAUCGUGAAGUGCCCAGUGGCGUAUCCGUUAUCACGAGGAGUUCCACGGAUUCGAGUGUCACCAUUUCUCAUGUGCCAACUUUCGAAGAGCUGAAGGACGGAAAAGGAGUCAACCUAGACAACAGCGAAUUUUGUAGUUGUGGUUGGCCCCAACACAUGUUGAUCCCACGUGGAAACCACCUGGGAAUGGAAUUCCAGCUCUUUGUCAUGCUCACCGAUUGGGAGCAGGAUCAAGCUGGCAAAGAUUUGGAACACCUUACUUGCGCUGAUGCUGUGAGCUACUGUGGAGCCAGGGACCACCUGUACCCUGAUAAAAAACCUAUGGGCUUCCCCUUCGACCGUCCAAUCAAAGCUCAUACAGUCGAAGAAUUCUUGACUCCAAAUAUGUCUUUGACCGAUAUUAAGAUCCAGUACAAAGGAAGCAACUAAGAAAAAAUCUUACAGCGUUCUAACAGUUCUAAUCUAUCUAAACGUCAAUGUAUUAAUAGCUAACUACAAUAUUUUAGUGUUACACGACAGGUAAAGAUUCUGACUAUGUAAAAGAUAUACUAUGGUGAUGUAUCUCUCUAUUUGAAACAAUAUGAGAAAUAAAAAAAGUUAAAAUGA